GGGAGAUGGCACUGUAGACGUAGUCGCCAUUAAUGUCGGCUUACGCUUUUACUCGGAGAGAUUUCGUCAUUUGAGGAGAUUCGAAAUGGAUUUCGAUCGUUUCUUUCGAGGUUUUUUCAAUAUCCCUCGGAGACGCGAGGAAGAACAGAGAGAUCCUUUUCAAGAUUUCUUCGAACAACCGGAAUGUUCAGAAUGUGAAACGUGGGAAGAUGACCAGUCCGAGUUCUUUGGCAGUAGGUUUGGAUCUUUUGGUCAUGGUUCUCUCUUUACUGAAGCUUCGGAAAUGUUUAAGCACUUUGAGGAGAUGUUUCGUAACAUUGGUUUAGCGGAAUUUCCAUCAUCUGGCUUUGGUACACAAUUUCCUCAGAUAGAAGAGGCCAAUCCAAGAGACAAAAUGUUGAAAAAUCCUGACUUUGAUGACAGAAUGAAUAGAAAAAGAGAGAACUUUUCUAUUGGUAGUUGGAUUGAUUCUCAGAAAAAUUUAGAAUCGAAACAAGAUAUGGAUUUAGACGACAGAGUGGCAAAAGACGGUCUCUCUGGCCUGUUGAAAGAGGAAAUUCCGGAAGGACCGUCGGAGAAUCCGCCCGGGAGGCGUACUUUUAGCAGUUUCGUAUCCAUCCGGACCUUCACCACCGCCGACGGGAAAACGGAAGAGAGGAGAACGGUGAGGGACGAGCGAGGAAACGUCGACACCCUGGUACGCAGGAGCGUGGGAGACGCCACCCAUUCCGUGGUCACCAAGACUCAGGCCGGCGGUCGGACGGAGAAGAGGGAGGAGUUCGUCAACGUGGACCAAAACGAUCCGGACUCCUUCGAAGAGAAGUGGCGCGGCUCGACUUCCCUCCGUCCCUCCUACUCGGACAUCUUUCGUCGGCUGUUCGGAUCCCACCCCCCGCGGGACUGAGGUCGGACCCCUCUCCUUCCUAGACGCACUCUGACGUAAAGCGGAUGUAAUUUAUUAACUCGUGUGGAAAAUAAAGAUAGUUUGAUUAA